CGGGCCGUCUGCGCUCAAUUUGUUCGGCGUCUCGCCGCUGCGAAGAAUGUCGUCGACAGCAUAGGACUCUCGCAAAGAACUCUUGUAGAAUUGUGUGUGACUUCAUCCCUCUCCCCCGGGACAUUUUUUUACCCCCCCUGACACACCUUGGACUCGUUGAAGGGGCUUUUGCGGCCGAGGACGCUUUUGAACAAAGGCAACAAUGUCUGAAGGUCAGGCUGAGGAAACCCGGCCAUGUGCCAACUGCAAACGAGACAUUCCUGCAAUAAACUUCACUAUCCAUGAAAUCCAUUGUAGAAGGAACAUUGAUCUCUGCAGGUUUUGCCAUGAACCGUUUCCCAAAUCUGAGAUGGAAGAACACUUUCUAACAGAACAUGCACUGGUCAACUGCAAAUGCAACAUGAAGAUAGAAAAGAAUCAGCUGGAGAAACACGAGAGCACAGACUGCCCGCUGCGACUGAUUAAAUGUCAGUACUGCGAACUGGAGCUUGCAUUCAACAAGUCUCAAGAGCAUGCUGAUUAUUGUGGAUCAAGAACUGAACCUUGUGCAGAUUGUGGUCGCAACGUUCUUGUCAAGGAAUUGCACAUGCACCAUCUCACUUGUGGCAAAGAGGUGGAGGAAAAGAAUAACAACCGUAUGAGACCCAGGCCCGAGUAUCAUUUUCCAGAUAACGUUGGAGUCUGGUUUGAAAACCAACCAUUUGGGAAUUAUGUUCAGACGGAGGAGAACUAUGUUCGCGUUAGACCAAGAAUUUCCAGACCAUUGGAAAAUAAAAUGCAUGGGAACAGGGAGACUGGAUUCCCAGCGAGGAUGAUAGAUAGGAGAAAUGUGUCACUCAGAGGUAGAGAACAGAAUCGAGCCAGCGUUACAAGGACAGAAAAAAAUCGCAUGGCUGACCCUGCCGGUCCUGGCCAUGUGGAUGCCAACUCUAACCUGGAUUACCUGCUUGCUCUAAGUUUGCAAAAUGAGAACGGUGGUGGUGGUGAAGGAGAGUUGAUCUCAGCAUGGAAUGAUGUUCGUACAGAUUGUGGAUAUUCGCAUCCACAAAACCUUUUGGGGGUAUUUAACAAUCAGCCUCCAUCUGAUCUCUUCCCAGCUUCUGUAAAUGUCGACAAAGAAGUAGCAAAUGUCACGAUGUUGCCUUGUGAAUUCUGUGAAGAACCUUUCCCUGAAGAAGAACUAAUCCUUCAUCAGACUGGCUGUAAUCCUGUAAGUGCCUUUGCAUCAUUCAGUAAAAAUAGCACACUUGUACCACCACUGCCACUGCAAAGGGUCUCCAUACCCAGAACGAAUGACAUUUUCUUUCAGCAUCAUCACAUGAAUCCAGAAUACUUUUCUGAAGAUCUUUCACUGCCGUCAUAUGGGCCUAUUGGAGAUUCAAGCCAUGGCGAUGUCAUGAUUCCUUGUGAGUUCUGUGGUAUUGCGUUGGAAGAAGAUGUGUUGUAUCAUCAUCAGGAUCAGUGUGAUUUGCGCCCACCAACGGCAAGACCCCCUGAUCAAGAAGCCGAUCAACCAUUCCCCGUGACUAAGACCGAGUCGAGAGAGAUUCUGGAUGUGCCCAUUCGUCGACAAAGACACCAGGGCGAUGUCGAACCUGACCACUUUGCUUAUAUGGGUGACAAUGUCCAGCCAAGACCAGCAAUUAGAAAUUCGUUGAGAAUGAAGCCAAGCGGAGCUACAGCCACAUUCAGUCAGGGCAUUGAUGCCCAGAAAUCCGUACCCAACCAAGACACCAACACCCUUGCUCCAAACAACAGAAUGGUCAAGAUUCCCAACCGAGAAGCUUCUGAGCUGAGGAGGAGGGUCCGCAAACCUCUGGAGUUGUCGGGGGGCUUUCCCCGUCCUGUGGUAGAUGUUUUCCCUGAAAGCUACAAGCCGACUUUUCCACAUCCACUUGUUGAUGCUAGACCCAGUAUGACAACAGAGGGAUCUAGGAUUUCUAGGAACACAGUGUCUGCUGCCUCCAGGAGCAGAGUUACAGGAAUAAAGCAGAAUAUACCGAAAACUAGGCCAGAAAAUGCUGGAAAGGAAGAGGAGUGAUAAAAUGGGACUGAGCUGUACAUUUCAAUGCUGUUCAACUACUAAAUUUAAUUAAUCCUAAACUCAGGACUUUUAUUUUCCUCCUAUGCAAAGAAAAUAUUUAUCUAAUUGCUUUAAGUGGUAUUGUGUUAUUAUUUCCUUUGAACAUUGUUUGCAUUGAUUUUUCUCUGUGGUCUAUUGUGAGCUCAGUCUUGAGCCCCACAAUAACUCAAAUGGUGAACAAAUGAUUCAGUGUGAAGGUUAAAAUGGAAACUGCUAGAAAUGUUCAGCCGAUCAUGCAACAUCAAUGGAGAGAUAAUGUUUUGGGUUAGAACUGCAAGGCUGGUAAUGAAACCCAUCUGCAUGAUGCAGACAAAGUGGGAAAGUGAGAAAGAAUAAAAGGGAAAGUCCAAGAUGGCAUGGAAAACGAGGAGAUGGGGUAGGCAGCUAGACAAGUAACUGAAGAUGGUUCUAAUAAAGUGAGAAUAGCAGAAUUAUUAUCUGAACAUUUUGAGCUCUUGUUUGGAAUGCUGUAAUUUGGCUGGUUGUGCUAAAUUCUAUUUUCUGUGCACUGAAAGGACCUUGGAAAUAAUUUUGCAAGUUUACUUAAAUAGAUGAGUAUCUGUUUUGAGGGAGAAAUCCCCCCCCCCCCUCCCCAAAGCUUAUUUGGCACCCCUCAUUGCAUUUGGACAUGACAUGCUGUAGAAACUCACAGCGUUAAACAUUCCAAGGGUAUGGUUUUAAGUAACAAAAUCAAUUAAAAAAAGGGUCAGUGAAAAAUUAAGACAUUAAUGCAAACAUCAGAAAAGUCCCAAACUAUGAACACAUUUUGGAUGAGGUCUAGCAAAGAUCUAGUCUACAGCGUGAAGUUGUUUUUCAGAUUUAUGAUGUGUAAAGAUAUCCUAUUUUUGGUUAUUUUGGGGGAAGAGCAUGUGUGUAAGCCUUUUUUGCAGUCGUUUUUGCAUUAGUUUAUUUUUCCUGUUAUAAUCUUUGACACUGCUAGCUCAUUCUUCUGUGUAUCAUGCUCAGUUUCCGCAGAUUUGUCUUGCUUUUGCAACUGCUUUCCUGCCUGCUAUUUUGCAUUGGAUUCUUUGUGCAUUCAUUUUUUUCCACCUGUUUAAUGCACACAUCCUUGAAUACUGUGCACCGAUCAUUAUUUGUGAUCAGUGCGGAUUUAUUGAGAAAUUAUCUUUGACUUUGUAAUGUUGUAAAAGCUUUAAUAUAUUGUGUAUGUUGAGGUUGCAUCUCUAGCAGUCAUGUAAGGCUGUAGGUUUCUAAAUUAUCUGAUUUGAAAUCGAGCUUGCACAUGCCCAUUUAAAAAACAUGGGGGAAAUUUAUUGGAAAUACAUUUAAACUUUUCAAUUGAGAUUAUUUAAAAAGGACGUGGGUUAGAAUUUAGAACGUUGUACUAUGAUUAUUGCUGGAAGAAAUUAGUGUAUGUGGCAGUUAAUUAGCUAAUAGCAGUUUGGACUGGCUAAAAAUAGACUGGCCCAUGCAAGUAUUCCCUCCUUCACUCUUGCUUAGUUUGGGAGCUGAUAUUAUGCUUAAAUUACCCUGUUACAGGAUGUGAGGGGGAGAAGAGAAAAGGACUAGCAUUUUAAACAAAGGAAUGUGAAUUUCAAGAUCUCUGAGGGAAGGAGGGGAGGGAAACCAAGCAUAACCAAUGUGAUUGGGAAUGGGAGGAUUGAAAGAAAGUUAACUAAGUUUGGCCUGCUUAACUGCAGCGUUGGGAUGGUGCAUCUUCAAGGAAAGGUUUGAGGAAGGAGAAAAUUUAAGAUCAAGGUUCAUUUUAUCCUCGCCUGCAUUGACUAGGGAAGGAAAGUGGUCCAAAGGGCAUGAGCCAUUUUAACAUUGAAAUUGAUAUAGAUGUGCAAAUAGAAAUGAAUGGCAUAUAACAAGUUAUAUUUGUGGUUGUACUGUAGAAUUGCUAUUUUGGGUAUAGUGUAAGCAUGUCUUUGAUGCAACCUUUUCAAUGUGUUAAGAGUAAAUACAAUUAUUUCGUUAACCAAUUUGCUGUUUUACAAAAAACUCUCCUCUUGCUUCUCAGAGCAGUAAACCCCAAUACAAUGACUGGUAACCAUUCUUACCAUGGUCAGAAGGAGGGAGAUUUGCAAGCACUUUUUAUAUUGAACUAGGAGAUACCUUAUUUAGAAUUAUAACAUUGUUAGUAGAGAUGGAAACUAUGCUUGGUAAUACAUAUUUUGUUCAGUUGGAAUCGGAUGUCAGUUCGUCUUCCUGCUAAUUCCACAAUGGGGAAAAUUAAAGGACAUUUUGAAACUUUGUACAUAAUCUAGGGAUUAAAUGUCUUCCUAACAUUAUUUUUCAUAGUUUUAAGAACCCAUGCUGGGAAUAUGUAAUAAUUUCUAAAUGUAAGGUGUAUCCAGAUAUUCUAUGAUCCCAGUUUUACUGCCUCUUGCUGCUAGACUGUGUUUAUACAUCGUGGAGUCCAGUAGAAUUGUCGCUUGUUUUUGGUUAAGCAGCUUGGUUCACAAUAAAGUUGUAAAUUGCCUGCA